CAAGAUCAAGGGAGCAAAACUUUGAUGUUUGAAAAAGAAAAAACACAGGUAGUGCUUCCAGAUUAAGACGGCUUUGAACGAUUUUCUGUGUCAGUGCCGAAGAAGUUGAAGUUACUGCAGCACAUCACAAUGUCGAGUUCAAGGAAAUCAAUAAUCAGGAAAGCUGACACACAAAACACAGGCAGGCGAAGUGGCCCCAAGAGGUUGUCCUUUGCCCCAUCGCCAGAGUUGGAGGAAGAAGAGACAAUAGAGGAAGAAAACAAUGUCAGCCGGUUUGAGAGUGAAGUGACUCCAACUGAUCAAGGCUGCAAUCUGACAAGUUUUGGCUUGUGUUAUGAUCGCAAGGCCAUUCCCAAGAGAGGACAAACACAGCAUGACACCACUACUAUGAGAAAAUGUCAGAGAAACAAUUUUGCCUCACUUCUCAACUUUUCCACUUUGUCAGGAAGUACUGCAAAUGUUCUGAUUGUUGGGGAGAGGAUUUUUAGUGAAAAACUCAAAGCAUACCUCCUGGAAGUGCAUAGCAAGAGACACAUGACAAAACGCUUUAAAUGCAAGUUGGAUCUUGAUAUAAAGUAUGUAAGUACCUUGACACCAGCUAUGACACCAACUGCUCAUUUCAUCAUCUUCCCCUUCUUGUUGGAAACAUAUGAAAGCAUGAAGCAUUUGACUAAAAUUCUGAAAAGUUUUAGUAAGGACACUCUGCCAAGCAACAGGAUGAUAAUAGUCACCAUUUCCUCAAGUCCUGGAUGUUCAAAAAUGGUGGUUGAUUUAGAACAGUUCCAUGAGCUACUGUUUUGCAACCAACUGAUCACCCUUCCUUGGAAAGAGGAGGGCAGACAUCAUGAGAAAGAAAUAAAGAAGAUCCUGGAGUUUAUAUACAAGAGCAUUGGGUGGCAUAGAGGUGCUUCCCUGCUACUGACCUACACCCUGCAGCUCAGUGGAGAUUACCAUGUGGAAUACGUGGAAGCAUAAGACAACAGAUGCCCAGUGCAAGUAUUAAGUGGGAUAAUUGUCAUCUGAAGCAAUACAAUCAAGAAAACUCCAUCAGCAUUUGUCUUGUCAAAUCAUUUUAACACUUUCAUGAUGAUACUCCAUUCAGAAAUGACAACUGUGGUGGGUCUACAAUAUUGGUGGCAGAUUCCCACCAUUCCUCUAGAGUCUUGACAUCUUGCCUCUGAUGUAAGAUUUUGCAUGCUACUAAUUUCAGACUGUUUGCUUUGUAUGGGAGGCAAAUUAAAAAGGCAGAAUUUCUUCUCGAACUUAGACAUAUAAAAUAUAUUGAUACUGGAAACUCUUCUCUGUUGCAUAUUAUCAUGACCAAUUAUAGAUAACCCUUUGGGAUAAAUAUGUUUAGCAACUAAAGUGUUUUCAGAAUACAAUUGUAAAAGUAUGAACCAAAUUACUUAUAUGAUGGAUUAUUA